UAUCUGUCCAAGAAUCCAAUAUGGCGGCCCCUGAGACAUGUUCCGUGAGUGUCGUGGUAAAAUGGAGUGGAAAGGAAUACUCUAUUAACAACUUACAACCACAAGAUACAGUCAAAACACUAAAGGCAGUCAUACAAGAGAAGACCGGAGUGCUCCCAGAGAGACAGAAAUUAUUAGGGCUCAAAUAUAAGGGCAAAACUCCAACAGAUGAUAUCAAGUUAAGCAGUCUCAACCUAAAACAAGGGGCAAAAAUAAUGAUGAUGGGGACAAGAGAGGAAAAGUUGGCAGAUGUAAUAGCACCAUCAGAUGAACUGUUAAACAUUCAAGUUGUCAAUGAUUUUGAUAUUGAAGAAGAUGAAAUCAUGGUAGAAAAUAGAGAUGAAAAUCUUGAAAAAAUAUCCAGAAGAGUAGCUGACUAUAAAGUUAACAUAUUGAAUGACCCAGAAGAUAACAAGAAACUUCUGGUCCUGGAUAUUGACUACACUCUUUUUGAUCACAGAUCAGUGGCUGAGACAGGGUUUGAGCUAAUGCGACCAUAUCUCCAUGAGUUCCUGACAUCAGCAUAUGAAGAUUACAAUAUCGUGAUCUGGUCAGCAACAAGUAUGAAAUGGAUUGAUGCAAAGAUGAAGGAGCUUGGAGUUACAGACAAUCCCAACUACAAGAUCUGCUUUCACCUUGAUAGCUCUGCAAUGAUUACUGUCCAAGCUCCAAAGUAUGGUGUUAUAGAGACCAAGCCAUUAGGUGUGAUUUGGGGAAAGUUCAAGCAGUUCAGUAGCAAAAAUACAAUUAUGUUUGAUGACCUGCGGAGAAACUUCUUGAUGAACCCACAAAAUGGUCUGAAAAUCCGCCCAUUUAGAGAAGCACAUUUUAACAGGGAUAAAGACAAGGAGCUAUUAAAACUCUCCAAGUACCUGAAGAACAUAGCAUCUCUGGAAGAUUUCAGUAAUCUUAACCACAAAUACUGGGAAAGCUACAAAAAGUGAUUAUGUACUUCAAAUCGUUUUCUAUCAAGUUGGAUAACAAUCUGCAAUUGUUUAACAUUCACACACACUGUAAAAGUAAAAUUUCAGUGUUGUAAAAAGUAUAUGAGUUAUGCACACCAUUGUAAUAACAUUUAUUUGCCUGUGAAAACAUUUUAUGAGAUGCCAGUGUGUGUCAUUCAACAAAAAUACAACUAAAAUUGAAUUUGAUAUAGAAAACAGAAUUGAGACCAAUAUACCAUUGUUGUAAUGUUUAGUAGUAACUUUGCUUUAUUCAUCUAUGCUUAGAGAUCUCAUAAAGUAUAGGACACACAGACCAUACUAAAUUUUCAAACAUUUAUCAUUGUGCUUUUGUAAAGAGGCGCACACUUCAGCAACUUUCCAACAUCUGAAGUGGGUCUUCUAACACGGUUAUCUGCUACCCUGUAAAAAUACAAUAAAAUAUAAAAAUAAAAAAAUCUAUAAAAUA